GUUCCAUAAUCCAAGGCAAUAAUAUUUCUUGAUGAGGUAAUGUGAGAUGCGAGAUUUUUGUUUAAUUUUCUAUUUAUUAUCUUAUCAUAAUAAAACUAUUUCAUUGCGUAAUAUUCCACAUAUAGACGAUGUAAGUUAUGCGUGUUUUACUCAGACAUUUCGCUGUAUUCAGGAGGGCUGUAGUACCAAACAGAAAUAUUGGAUUGAGGCAUCCAUUCUCUACAGCAUUAGUGUUUAGAACUAUGGAAGAUAAGGAAGCUUUGAAGAAGCGUUUAACGCCGCUGCAAUAUCAUGUCACGCAAGAAGCUGGCACAGAGCGACCUUUCACAGGUUGCUUUAACAAAUUUUAUGAGGAAGGCAUGUAUGUCUGUGUAGUAUGUAGACAAGAACUAUUUACAUCUAAGAGCAAAUUUGACUCUGGUUGUGGCUGGCCCGCUUUUAAUGAUGUUUUAGCCAAGGAGAAGGUCACAUUGCACCAAGACACAAGUGCAGUUGGAGCAAAUAUAUUACUGGUUUUAACACGACCAGGUUUGGUGCGAACUGAGGUGCGAUGCUCCAAGUGCUCGGCUCAUCUUGGGCAUGUGUUCGAUGAUGGGCCAGCACCUACCAAGAAACGAUUUUGCAUUAAUUCUGCCUCCAUGGACUUCAUACCAGCUGAAGAAAGAAAGGACUAACGCUAAGCUUUAAAAAAAAAUGCAAGCACGAUAUUGAUAAGUAAUAAUUUAUUGAUAACUAUUAAAAAAUAAAGAGAUCAAAUUAAUAUUUUUCGUAUAGAACAUAUUUGUUUUUUUUUUCGAAAAUUUAAAACCAAGGUUUGGUUUAUAAUUCUUAUGCAGAAACUUUGUUUUAAGUUGUAAUGUGUUUUAGGCAACUACUUAAUCAUCUAGUUACCAUACUUCAUGAUACUCAAGUCAUUAUUAAUAUUUAGUUUGUUGAUUUAUUUUUAGUUUUCCUAUUGUUCAAAACGUACAAAACUUUAUUUGCAUUUUACCUUUUUUGUUGCUAAGCUGGUAUAGAUUUAAUCUUAUGAAGAUAUUAUUGUAAUAAAAAUAUUUUUGUGUAA